AUGCUUACUACUGAUAUCUGCAUUGGGGUCUUUAUGAUCUUCCAGACCACAACUGGGAUCCUGGCAAACAUCUUUCUCCUUUCUCUUUACAUUGUGAAUCUCCUGACUGGACAUAAAUUAAGGCCAUUGAAUGUGAUCUUGAUCCAGCUCAUCGUGGCCCAUAUCACUAUGCUGGUUAGCAAAGGAAGCCCAGAAAUACAAGUUUUUGAAAUAAGCAAGUUCCCUGAUGAUGUUGGAUGCAAAAUGCUAUUUUUCAUUUACAGGCUUGCCCAAGGGCUUUCAGUUUGCUUCACCUGCCUUCUAUGUAGCUUUCAAGCUAUUACUAUCAGUCCCAAUCACUCCACACUUUCAGGAUUCAAAGCCAGAAUUAAAGAACAACUUUUUACUUUUUGUCUCCUCUGUUGGGUCCUUAAUAUUUUGAUAGAAAUUCCUGUGCCAAUAUUUGUGAGAGGACUAAAGAACAUCACCAACAAAACAUUGAAAUCUCAUAUUAUAUAUUGCUCAAUGGGAAUGUUUAUAGAGAUUUACUUUAUCAUGACUACUGUGAGAAAUGUGGUCUGUGUGGGAAUCAUGUUUUGCACCAGUGGCUACAUGGUGCUUCUCCUGCACAGACACCACCGGCAAGUCCAGAAUAUCCAUAGUACAAGCUUCUCACCCAGAGCUCACCCUGAGGUAAGAGCCACCCAAACCAUUCUACUGAUGAUGGGAAUUUUUGUCUGCUUUUACUUACUUCAUUCCAUCGCUUUUAUUUCUCUCACUUAUUUAGAUACAAACCAAUACUGGUUGACUAUCUCUGUCAUUCUGUCUCUUUGCUUCCCAACACUUAGUCCUUUUGUGUUGCUCCCCCGAGCUCCCAAGUACAACUGCAUUUUCUGA